GAUACAUAUAUAUACACAUGUACAUAUGUGCACACAAAUGCAUUUUAUUUCUCUAUUGGCAGAACGUCAAUCUGACGCAUGCGUGUUACGUUCGCAAUACACUCAGAAAGAGAGGAAAAUAUAUAUUCCCGCACGGUAGUUCCGAGACAGGCUCUCUCACUCUGGCUGUAUAGUAGUAUUACAUAUAUGGUUGCAUAGUGCGCGACUGACGGCAGUACGGACGGUGUGCGCGCGUGGUGUUGUCGGUUUUAAUCAGGUUCAAGGCGCCUGGAGGUUCUCGGCUCCCCGCGUCAAAUCAUCACUCACGUUCGCUUACGCACAGGUGCCUCGAUCAUCAUCAUGAGAUGCGGUCCCUCGGCUUCUUUCGUAGGUCAACCACCAACACUGUGCAACUUUUGCAGUUACAUUCCGCGACUGUGCAUAAGGGCCCGCACGUUUUCAUCCGAAAUGCGUCAAGUUUCGUACCUAGGAAGGUUCUCAUCGUGACGAAACUGUCGCGAUACCAUUUCGAGAAAGUACGGGAGCCUAAGCUCAAUAAGAAUCAGUUGAGACUGAAGCUGCUGGAAAGGGGCUAUGAUUACAAUACUAUGAUUGCGAGCCACACAGCUACCAAGGCCGUGGAAGAUCAAGUGACCGAGACCUUGGAACAGAUGAAUGUGGAAUAUAAGAUAGUCAAUAGGACCAAUCUGGACCAAUCGUUGUUCACAUGGGCAGACUUGAUACUGCCGAUUGGUGGCGACGGAACGUUCCUUUUGGCUUCGAACUUGAUAUUUAACAACAAGAAACCCAUAAUGGGCAUCAAUUCGUAUCCCGAGAAGUCGGAAGGCUACCUCAUGUUGUCGGCAAGAUAUACAAGAAACAUACCGGAAAUUUUCAAGAUGUUAAAGGCGGGACAUUACAAUACGCUCAUGCGACGGCGGAUUCGCAUUACUUUGUUGGGGAAGGAGAUCUGGGCGAACCCAUUUCACCUGCACGAGAAAGGGCGCAUCGUCGGUACCGAUAGAAUCCCCAUAGAGCAGGAAAGCCACGAACACAACGAAUUACCGCGAGAAAGACGUCUGCCGUGGUUAGCGCUCAAUGAAGUUUUCAUGGGUGAAACACUGUCGGCAAGGACGAGCUCUCUGCUCGUGAAGUUGGAUGAAGAAGAGAAGUAUCACAAGGUGAGAGGCUCCGGAUUGUGCGUGAGCACCGGCACAGGCUCGACAUCUUGGUACAGAUCCAUGCAUAGCCUGAGCCACCAAACCGUGCGGGAGAUACUGGAGCUCGUAGACACCCAGCGACAAUUCAGCAGCGAUGAAGUUGACAAGAUCUGUACGAUCUUCAACAGCGGUCUACGAUUUGACGCCGAGGAUCUAAAACUGUGUUAUUCUAUAAGAGAUAUGAUAGUGACAAAUUCAGUGCCUGUGCCAAAGCUUAUGCAUCCUCGAGGUUUCUGCGCGAAGAUCACCGUGAGAUCCCAAUGUAACGACGCGGCCCUGGUUAUCGACGGUGGUAUAGCGGUCCCCUUCGUUUACGGUACCGUCGCGAAAGUGGAGAUCUUUCCUGAGGACUCGUUGCAAACCAUUACGCUUUCCGACUGAAUAAACUGCAGGCGGCUUUUAGGAAAGGUGUUUUUACAGUAGCUGUGAUUACGCAAAGAAAGAGCAAACUGUUAAUCGCGUUCACCACGCAGAAGUACCAUUCCCGUACUAAUUAAAAAAAAUUAUCCGAUGAUCCGAAAUUUCACGACAAGAACUUUUUUUUUAAUACAUUCGUAUUAAGGUAUAAAAGACCAAAGUUUUAACAACGUUUUAAAUCAAGUUUUUUUUUAAUAACGCCAAUGGAAGAUGUGUAUAAGGACGAAAAGAAACAAAAAUUAGAAUUAAUGAUUACGUUAUAUUCAUCCUAGAUUUCAAUAAUGUAAAGAUAAGUACAAGAGCGUGAUCUACUUAAUUUAAAGGUGGGAAACUUUGCUUUGCCGUCAUGAUCUCGCAUCUGAAAAGGAUCAACAUAACAUUUGAUAUAUUGCGCGACAUUAAUGUAAGAUACAUAAUAUGUAAUUUUAUUUUAUAUUUUUAUCUCACAUACCAAAUGAAAAUGUACAUUAGGUUUCAAAAACGACUCGAACCUUUAUUGAUGCAGUUGAAGGCAUAGCCAAUGGUCCGAUGAAAGAACUUCCGGGAAUUGGUAAAAAAAAAGUUCUUUCAUUAUAUUAUAAACUGUGUCCUAAGCUGCAUAAAAAAGUUCAAGUUAUAUCGAAAUCAAGUAUACACGUUGACCGGAUGACCCAAGAUAUUGUGAGAUUAUUAAUUAUCCCAUGGUAGCGAAUAUGCGGGUCAUUAAUCAAGCCGUCGUUGGAAUCAUUUAUUACACACACACACACACAAGAAUUUUUUUUAAUUCUCGACCUUCUGAGUUUUCGUUGACUUCAUACUCGAGAAAUUUUCAUUCCGACUUGUCGGUGGAUUUAUACUACUUGAUCAGAUGAUACAUUUACGUCCGGCAGACUUGAAAUAAUAAAUGAUAAGAUCGGUUAGUCUAAAUAUGACGGAGCACAUGUCGACAUUGUAAAGAAGCUAGAAAUCAUGAAUGUACCCAGAGAUUUGAUCGUUAUUUUACCGCGGUAUUAUCACUGGAAGUGAGAAGGUGGUUACACGAUAAAGUCUUCGCUUUACUCUUGAAA